AUGACUAUUGAGCCCGGAUACUAUCCCCCCGGGAAGCAUGGUAUCCGGCUAGAAAACGUUGUAUUUGUUGUGCCCGCUCCUGACGACCCGCCAGCAGAGCCAAACAUCUCGUCACUUGAUACCUCUUUACACCAAAAGCCAACUGAUACCAGUUCACCUUCAAAUCCCGCUUAUGCUGGCGGUGAUCCGGAAGCUAGUGGCUCUGCGAGGCAUUCCACAGUUGCAGAGGGCCUACCAGCACAACCUGCUUGGCUCACUUUUGAUCCGGUCACGUUAGUACCCUUCCAUCGGCGCCUGAUUGAUCCAACCCAAAUGUCGAAUGAGGAGCUUGCCUGGCUCAACGCAUACCAUAGGCGAACACGUGCUGCUCUUACUCAGUGCAUCUUUAAGGAAGGCACAGGCACUCAACUUUCUUCUGACAGACAGAGAACACUAGUUUGGUUGAACAAAGAGACAGAGCCAAUCCAAAAGAAUUGA